AUGACAGGCGAAAAUAUUUGUAAAUCUGAAGCAUGCUCAAUUCAAAACUGUUUAAAUGCCAAUAACUAUGAUGAAACCAAAUGCUCCAAGGCUAUAGAUAACCUUUAUCUUUGUUGCAAAGAAUUCUAUAAAACAACUGGAACUUCGGCUACAACAACUUGUUGUCCAAUAUUCGAAAAGCUUCAAAUUAAAUUAAAGCAAAGAAAACUUGGAGAAAUUGAUACUAAGCCGCUAACAGAUCAUCUGGGAUGA